AUUCCAAAAUUCAUACAUAAAUACACUGUGAGAGUAGAGAGUUAAAAAUCUAUAAUCUUUCUUUGUUAAUCAAAUCAAGACAGUUACUUUUGGUGAAUAUACUAUCAUUUGAAUUCGAAUUACAAUGUAUCUUUCUCGUAUUAUUUAUUACACGCUUCCGCUAACUUAUAAAUAUUUUUUAAACAUACAAAAAAAAAAAAUUUACUACAUCUAAUUUAGUUACUUUAUUAAUGCUUACUAUAACUAAUUAUUUGAUUUACUUUGAACUUUAACCUCAUUUUUCUCUUUAUUUAUUAGAGCGACUGUGACUCGUUUUCAAAAAUGCGUUCAUCGCAUAGGGAGGACGCUAAUUUGGUGAAAAUUUUGCACUUCACUGAAAUGAAAAAUUCAAAGUGUAGUUUGUACCCAAUUCAGUUUGAGCAUCUUCAGCCAUAAGGGCACUAUUCCGGCGAAAAUCUGAGAUCGUGAUCAAGUUGUUCAUCUGUCAAGAAAUAAAAAUAUACUGCAUCAGAAAUUUGGGAACUACAAAUGAUCAAUAGCAGUAAUAGCAGACAAAGAAUCCUUGGUGGAGGGGUUCAACAUGUGUUGGACUAUCUGAGGCGUAUGCAAGCUGAAAGUCCAGCAUUUUUCUAUGUGGUUCAAGGUGAUAAUGGAUCUUCUAAUGGAAACAUAUUUUGGGCCGAUGCAACUGCCAGAAUGAACUAUCACUACUUUGGGGACAGUAUCAAAUUGGAUACUUCCUACCGAGCUAACGGCUGUACCGUACCUUUUGCCACUUUCACGGGCUUAAAUCAUCAUGCCCAGCCUGUUCUUUUUGGCUGUGCUUUGCUUUUUAAUGAGUCUGAAGCCUCCCUUGUCUGGCUCCUCCAAACUUGGCUUCAAGCGAUGUCUGGAAAGAAGCCUGUUUCCAUCACAACUGACACUGAUAAUCUUAUACAGAUGGCUGUUGCUCAUGUUCUGCCAGAAACACACCAUCGUCUUUGUAAAUUGAGCAUAUUUCGAGAAACCAAGGAGAAGCUGACUCAUGUAUGUCAAACACAUCCAACCUUUGAAACUGAAUUUAUGAAGUGCGUUAAUGAAGCAGAGACAAUUGAGGAAUUUGAAUCUCAGUGGAAGUCACUCCUAGAAAGAUAUUACCUCGUGGAUAGUGAAUACCUUCAAUCAAUUUAUAGUGCUUGCCGUCACUGGGUUCCUGUUUUCAUGCGAGAGACAUUUUUCGGGGAUAUUUUAAGUGAUGAAGAAAAUGAUGCUAAAAACACUUUCUUCAAUGGGUAUGUGGAUGCUUCCACCUCUAUCCAGUUGUUGAUUAAACACUAUGAAAAAGCUCUUACAAUAUGGCACGAAAAGGAAUUAAAGGCAGAUCUUGACUCUACUAAUACUACACCAGUUCUAAAGACACCAUCGCCUAUGGAAAAACAAGCAGCUAAUCUCUAUACUAGGAAGGUUUUCAUGAAAUUUCAAGAGGAGCUGGUUGAGACCCUUGCGAAUCCUGCAACUAAAAUUGAUGAAUCCGAAAUGAUCACAACAUAUCAUGUCGCAAAAUUCGGGGAAGAGCACAAGGCACACACCGUUAGGUUCAACACAUUUGAGUUGACAGCUAACUGUAGCUGUCUAAUGUUUGAAUUUUCAGGUAUAAUUUGCAGGCACGUGUUAUCUGUGUUCAGAGCCAAAAAUGUUCUUACACUUCCUUCCCAAUACAUUUUGAAACGUUGGACAAGAAAUGCCAAGACUGGCAGUGAAAGCACUAUAGAGGAACAUCAUUUAGAGUUACCUAGCAAUUCUCAAGAGUCUUUAACUAUGCGUCAUAAUAGUUUGCGACAGGAGGCAAUUAAAUUUGUAGAAGAAGGGGCAAAAUCUAUUCUUAGUUAUAAUGUCGCAGUCAAUGCUUUGAAAGAGGCUGCAAAAAAGGUUGCUGCUGCAAAAAAGAAAAAUGCUGACAAAACUCUGGUGACCAACAUAGUAAAUGGACACAAUCAAGGAGUGGAUAAAGGAGAUAUUGAUCAAGCAGAUUCAAGGCAAUCCAAGGAAGAAAAGGAACAAAAGAUCCGUGAAUUGACUGCCGAGUUAGGGCGCAUAAAUCAACAGUCGGAAGUUUAUCGUGCCAAUCUCUUAGCAGUUUUAAAAGACUUGGAGGAGGAGAAAUUAAAGCUAUCUGUGAAAGUACAAAAUGCACGGCUUAGCUUAAAGGAGUGAAUCGUUCCUUUCAUUCUUUUCGUCUCAUUUUGUCGUUUCUGAGAACCAUGAAGAUGAAAUUGUAUAUAGCCAGAAUUCAGCUAGCAUGUUUUUCUCCAGGGGAAUCACCUCCAGUAACUGUGUCCAGUAAUGUUCAGUGCAUUGUUGCUACAUGUACAUUAAACAAUGUAGGGAGUCUGGAUUCCUUUUGCAUUAACAUCUAUUUAAAUGAUUUUCUUUA